AUGGAUGGGGGUUUGAAGUUGAAGGAGAUGAGACGAAUUUUGGGCACGUGUCAAAUGUCUGGAAGGUGUGCUAAAGUGACGUCGGAGUAUGUUGCCACAUUAUCAUUCACGAUUAAAAUCUCAAUUAGAUACAUAGCAACGAAAUACCCCACUAAUUAUCUCAAGGAUACACCAAUUGACAAGUGA